UUUAAAUCCAAUAAUUUAUUUUCUAAAUAUAAGCUGCAUCGAUUUGAGCUUUCUGGGAACUCCCUUCAGAUUCUUAACACUUGAUAUUUGAAAAAAGAUCUCAGGUAGACACAGUUGAAAAAAAAAGGGAGGCAAGCCAAUCAGAUCUCUCCAUCUCCCUUUGGCCAAUGACAGACGCCACAUUGUUGUCAAAUUUGUCUAAUGAAAACGUAGGAGCAACAAUAGAGAGAGGAGAGGGGGAUCUGUAUCCACUCACAAUCUCUGGAGGAAGUUAGUGUCUCCAACCUCAACUCCCGGACAGUUUGAACUUUAGAUCGAAGAGGAAUGAUCUCUUCUUCUGGCUCGCGCUCUUUUUGGAUUUAAACCCGUCUGAUUUUCGUCAUUUUUUGUGUUUCUUCAGCUCUUUUGGACACUUAAAAUCACACUUUUAUGUCUGUUUAACUUCACCUGUUGCGCAUGAAGAGCUAAGCACCUCGGAGCAGAUGUGAUCGAGCUCAGCGCCGCCUUAAUUACAACUGAUCGUUAUUUUUCACGUCUUUAGUUGAGUUGAGUGAAUUUUUUUUGGGUUACAUCCGUGAGGAAGCGGACAUGGAUCUGAGACCGGAGCUCCCCACAGCGUCCUCUGCCUCUCAAGUCCACCAGAGCGCAGCGGCGGCGGCCGCAGCAGCCUCCAUCCCGGUGUCCAUGGCCGGCAACCUGCUGCGCGGCCCUCCGCUCCUUUUGCGAGCCACAGAUAAGUACCCGCGCACACCGAAGUGCGCUCGCUGCAGGAACCACGGUGUGGUCUCUGCGCUGAAGGGCCACAAGCGCUACUGCCGCUGGAAGGACUGCAUGUGCGCCAAAUGCACGCUGAUCGCGGAGAGGCAGCGGGUGAUGGCGGCGCAGGUGGCGCUGCGGCGGCAGCAGGCGCAGGAGGAGAAUGAAGCCCGGGAGCUGCAGCUCCUCUACGGCACCGCGGAAGGGCUGGCCCUGGCCGCCGCUAACGGAAUCAUCCCGCCGCGUCCGAACUACGAGGUGUUUGGGUCGGUUAACACCGAGAGCAAUUCAGACUCAAGCAUCCAGAAGUAUGAGCUCUUUCCUAAGGCCCAGCUGUCCGGGUCCACCACCCCGCAGAAGUCCGUGGGUAAACCGGCCUCCACUGAGGGCGACUCGGCCCCGGGAGUCUCGUCCCCUGAUGGCCGGCACGGAGGAGGCUCCGGUUCGGAGAACGGAGACAGCGAGUCUUUCAUCCACUCACCGGUGUCCAAGCCUCUAAAGGACGGGGAGGAAACCCCCGGCUCCGUCAGCUCUCUCGGCUCAGAUUCCGGCUCAGAGACCGACAAAGAUGAGCAGGAGCCCUCCCCUUCCUCCGCGGCCUCCCGCCACAUGAACGCCAUCGACAUCCUGACCCGAGUGUUUCCGAGUCACAAGCGGAGCGUUCUGGAGCUCGUCCUGCAGGGCUGCGGCAAAGACGUGGUGCAGGCCAUCGAGCAGAUCCUAAACAACGGCGGCGCGCAAGGCCCCAACAAGACCGGACCAGAGGAGACGUGGACAGCGGAGAGGAUGCUCCAGAGCGCGCAGCAGCAGCAGCCUCCACCUGCAUCCGCAACAGCAGCAGCAGCCCAGACCAGGCCGAUGCUCCCCGGAGCAAUGACGCUAAGUAACCGCUCUGCAUUUUCUCCUCUUCAGCCAAACGCGCCGCACUUCGCCGCAGACCCCGGCAGCUACCCGCUGGGCACGCACCUGGGACUAAACCCGCUGCGACUGGCCUACUCUGCGCACAGCCGUGGACUGGCUUUCAUGACGCCCUACUCCACCACAGGGCUCAUGCCCACCUUGGGCUUCAGACCCCCCAUGGACUACGCCUUUAGCGACCUGAUCCGGGACAGGACGAUAUUGCACAAGGAGCAAAGCUACGCCAGCGGCCUGUAUGGGCCUCUAGUCAACAACACGCCGGACAAACAGUGAAAUGUUGCUCUCAGAGACAUUCCGUUCGUAUUUGUAGCCACAGGUGUUGAGAAUCCGUCAUGUGUUUUUUGGCUGCACACACUUCUGUAAAUAUUAGGAUUAUCUGACUUGUAGUCAAAAAAAAAAAAAAAAAAAAAAGAAAGAAAAAAAGUUCUGAAGGUGGAAUAAAACGCCAUUAUGUGUAUCUUUAAAAUAAAAUUUAUAUGUCAGAUUGGAAAAUGUUUAAAUGACUUUCCCCUGAAGAUACAGCCAUGAAUUUGCGCCUUUUUGGCUCCAAAUUAAACCCAAAUCUAACAGCAAAUUUAAACGUGAGUUCAUGAUAAUACAGCAGAUUCUUCAUGUAAAAUCGGAUGGACUAAUGUUGUAUUUAUCUCCUGGUUUAGACUUUUUAAAAGCUCACUAAACCUGUCUCCUACGGUGGUCAAAGACGGAAAAUUAAGUUAUUUUCCUGUUGUAAAACUAAUAAUGUAUAAAUGCCAUUCAUUGUUUCUAUCAUUUCUGUAUCAUUACUGGUUUUAUUUGAUUUGAACUAGUUUGUUUCCAGCCGUCUGUGUUGUAAAUCACACCAAGAUGAGAUGCUAUAUUUGACCUCUCCGUAUCCGUUAGUGCUGGACCAAGUCUUCAGAUGUGCUGUCACAAUGUAUGAAUAUGCUGAAAAUAAAUGUUAUUUUAAAAAAAUGUGGCGCAGAUGCAUUAUUUUUAUAAUUUAAUUUAUAAUGGAAUGCCUGAGGGAAAUUAAAGAAUCUAAAAACGAUGUCCUGAAUUUUAAA